GGAUGUGAGAAAGAAGAGUUGGUUCAUCAAAAUCAGCACCGUCUUUCUUUGCAGAGGAGUUAACUACUGCCUUAUCUUUCAUGGCUUCCUUCUCUAAUUUCUUUUUCUCAGCAUCAGCCUGCCUUUCAUUUUCCUUCCGUGCUUUUUUAAAUAUCUUGACAAAAACAACCAAGAUCUGUGAUGGGGAAGGGGGCUUGGGAUUUAAUCCCAAGCCUCUUUAGUCUUAAGCACGUCCCUGUAGGGGUGGCCAUUGGGCCACCAAGUGCUAGACUACUUCACUUGAGGUAAUCGUAAUAUUUGGAGAAGUUUACAUUUCUUUAUAGGAGGCUUAAAUUUAAAAAAUAAAUUUUCAACUACAAA